CGAGUAAUGCAUAUAGAGUAAUAGAAUCAAUCAGGACUUUAUAUUGCAGUGUGUUUGAAAAGUGGGAUUCACAAAUCAUGGAUAAUAUGCCGUACCAAAUGAUAUCCAGCCUACGCCCUCGCACAAGAACUGAUUGGAGGCUUAAGGUUCGAGUUACAAGAAUGUGGCGACAACUAACUUGCAGUGUAGAAACAGUUGGGCUAAACAUGAUCUUUGUCGAUGAAUUGGGAGGCCGCAUUCAUGCAUGGCUUCCUGCACAACAAAUGCACCGCCUGGAAAAUCAGAUUAUUGAAGGAGAAACGUAUGAUGUGCAGAAUUUUGUUGUUAGGAACUAUACGGACAUCCAAAAUUGAAGAUGCUUCAGAAAUGUUUUCUAUAUCAAACUCAAUCAUAAGACUCAGGUUUUGCUGACUGGAGAUGUGGAUUAUAUCCCGCCUCAUGUCUUUCAAUUCACAAAUUUGUCAGCUUUAAUGGAUGUUGUAGGCGAUGACUAGUUUUUGAUCGAUGUUGUUGGAAUAUUGGUAGAGAUUCAGCCAAUCACUAGCUUUACAAACAAUAACAUGGAGCAACAAUCAUGUAUUCAGUUUACAAUAACUGAUAUCGAAAAAUCAGCACAAGUGAUUUUCUAUAAGGAAAUGGGAGAAUCGUUUAAUCAAGCCAUCCAUGAUGUUGUCCAGCAUCUAAUUAUAGUUAUCAUUUCCAGUUGUAAAGCUCAAAUGUUAACAGGUGAGCCAAGCUUGACAAACUUCGAAGCUACAAGGUUUUUCAUAAAUCACAACGACGAGGCAGUUGAAGAUCUAAGGGACACAAUAAGGUUUAACAAGUAACAGACUUUGUUUAGAAUUAAAUUCCUUCAUGAGAUCUAAAACGUAUCAUAACUUGCAACAUGAAAAAUGGUGGAUGUCUAUUUGCUAUGCUCAACAGAUUCAUGUUUCAGUUUUUAUCAUAUAACCAAUGUAUUAUGAAUUAUUACUCCAAACAGUAUUUGUAAGCCCAGCAUCAGUAUUCUAAUGCAAACUGAACACAGACUGAGUUACAAGAAAUUAUUUCUCCUGUAAUUUGUUUCAUAAUUGUUGAAGAUUAUGCAUGAGCUACUAACUUUGCCAAGAUUUGUUUGCAAGAACAGGAUCAAACAUUGACAACUCCCUUUGAUGAAAUAGCCAACAAUGUACAUAUCAUUGGAACACAUAGUAUUAAGAGUGGAUGUAAAGACACAUACAAAACAACAAACUUGGAAAGUAGUGAUGCCAGAGAUAAAGCAAAAGCAAAAGCUGGAUCUUUGUAGACCUUUGAAGGUAACUAAUCACAUAAACUGCAUUUCUAUGGAUAGUUUCAUAAAAAAGCACUGACAUGAACAGGACUACAGAAUUAAAGUAGGAAGAUUCUUUACAAUGAUGGCUAGCAGCCAAGAAAUACACAGUCUUCAGCCAUAAUUGAAGAAGAUAAAUGGAAUCAACAAUGAAUAUAAAUUCUACCUUGGUUAACAGGUGAGAGUUAUACAAAAAACAUGGAUAACAUCCCUUACCACAUGAUAAACAACCUGCGCCCUAACACAAGAAAUGGUUGGAGGCUUAAGGUUCGACUAACAAGAAUGUGGUGCCAGAUAACCCGCAAUGCAGAAACAGUUGCAAUCAAAUUGAUUUUUGUCGAUGCGCUGGGAGGGCGAAUUCACGCAUCGAUUCCUGCCCAAUACAUCCACCAGCUAGAGAAAAAUAUUGCCGAAGGAGAGACUUAUGAUGUCAAUAAAUUUGUUGUUAGGCGAUAUGCGGACAUGCAACAUGGUAGAUGUUUGAAGAAUGAUAUCUACAUCCAAUUAAACCAUAUGACUGAAGUUAUGGUUACUGGAGGUGUGGAUUACAUCCAGCAGCAUGUAUUCCAAUUUACUGAUUUGGAUGCUUUGUACGAUGCUGCACACGAACAGAAAUAUCUGAUUGAUGUUGUUGGGAUUUUGGAACAAGCUGGGCUAGUCACCCACUUUAGAAACCGCAACGGUCAUGAACAGUCCUGUGUCGAGUUUAAAAUCACUGAUAUGUUGCUUCACCAGGCAUCCGCAGCCUGGAGAAUCGUCACGAGUGUGACGCUGGUCCAGGGGUAGCUAAAAUGCUUGUCCUGUACGAGGUUGUGGCCUUUGCUUGCUUUCUUUUAUCGAGCCUUGUUGCCAAAGUACUUAAACUACUUUUUAGAUUGGAUGGUAAGCAAAUCAGAUUAUUUAUUCGUCAGGGAUUUGGUGUGAAAGAUGCUUUGUUGCUCCUAACUGUAUUUUCGUCUGUUACUGGGAUUAUAUUGCUUACUCUUUCGGUUGUGAAUGUGGUUCAGAUUAGAAUUGGUCUGUAUUCUUCUGGAAGUGCUGAAGCAAGGAUGGCCAUUUGGGCUCUGUGUACGAUUGUUGCCAUUGCUUUGGUAAUCUAUGUUGUUUCCAUCAGUGUAGCUAUUUAUGCUUCUAUCAUUGGGGAUGCUGAUAUUGAUCCUGUUCUUGGUCAGCAUCACUCGUCUAACAGAGGCAACAACAACAGUGCCGAUACUGAUGUUGCAGUACAAGUACGCGGUCUCACUCAGAAGAAGGAUGAUCUAGUUUCAAGAAGUUAGCCUGAUGUUUUAUUUUAUUUUGUGGCUGGAUUACAAAAAAUUUGAGCCUUAGAUAUGUAUUCAAGUCUACUGUUUUGCUUU